AUGGGAAUUGAUCGCUUAUCUUUUGGCGCUGAUAGGUUUAAGUUUUACGCUUCAUUCAAAAAGUGGAAGAUUUCUGACGUGAUUUUAUGUGGUAUUCUAUUUUUGAUCAACAUUCCAGUUUAUUACCAACUACCCUUUCAACGACAGUUCUUUGUCAAUGACCUAACCAUAUCACACCCCCAUGCUGAGAUUGAAACUGUUAGCAAUUCGGCAUUGGUGGUGUAUAGUUACUUCAUUCCCUUUUUCACUAUUAUUCUAUUUUCGUUGGUUUUGGCCCAUGAGAAACAUAGGUGGUACUUGCUAUACAUCUCUUUACUUGGACUCACCAUGUCCUGGAUUUCUACAUCUUUGCUCACCAAUUACUUGAAAAACUGGUUUGGUAGACACAGACCGGAUUUUUUGUCUCGGUGUAUUCCUAGAGCAGACGCUCCACUAAACACCAUGGUUUUUGCAGUUGAUGUGUGUACCACAGGCAACCUUGAUCGUUUAUAUGAUGGAUUCAGGACAACACCAUCCGGGCACUCAAGUGAAUCAUUUGCAGGUCUUGGGUUCUUAUUUUUGUGGCUUUCGGGGCAACUAUUGGCAGAAUAUCCAGAAACAGGAGCGUGGAGAACAAUCGUGGCAUCGUUACCGCUAUUAUCUGCUAGUGUGAUUGCAUUAAGCAGAACUCAAGACUAUAGACAUCACUUUAUUGAUGUUUUAAUAGGCUCUUUGUUAGGUUUUGUUAUUGCUCUCUGGUCUUAUCGAAGAUAUUUCCCUUCCAUCUAUUCAAAGCUCCCCUUCAAGCCACUCUUGGAUGAUUCAGAUGUAACAUUGGAGGAAUACAGGCCUGUUAAUGGUGCAACAGAUGAAGAAGUUCUUCCCAUCUCUGAGGGUAGUCUUAAUUGA